AUGAGGCUCCUAUUUAUAGUAAAUUUUGCCCUGGAACUCUGGGACGGCCGUCUGGGUUGGGACGACCGUCCCAAACGUGGUUUCUGCGUUGUGCCAAUCUGGGACGGCCAGUCUGGGUUGGGACGGCCAUCCCAAAUGCAAUUUUGUUCACGUUGGGACCCCCUGGGGUUUGGGACGGCCGUCCCACAUUCGGGACGCGCGUCCCAACUGCUUAAUUUCAGUUGGGACAACCGUCCCAACCCUGGGAUGGUGGUCUCGACCUGUUUUGUCCAACCUUUGUAUUUUGGGACCCCGGGAAGCUUUCCUUGCCGUUUUCGGACGUCGUUUGAUGCCGAUGUGUGUCCAUUGAAUCUUUAUCUUCAUAUAGGAGGAGGUUUCCUCAGUUUUGGGAAGUCGGAUGAACUCUAUCUUCGGGCGAAGUUCCUCUAG